UGACAUUGACGUUUACGAUUUACGAAGUCGCCGAAAUGUAACAGUAUUGAAAUUGAAAUAAAUUAAUAAAUACCAAUCAAAUCAGCGUGAAACUGGCUUUAUUACUUGCUUGUUACUUAGUGCGUGAGGACGUGUAUCUAUAUUCGCUAACAUGAUUUUAUUGGAUAUAGUGGACACUGCUAGUUGGUGGACGAUAGUCAUCGCCGUGCAAGUUGUUAUCGGCUGUGCAUAUUUCUUAUGUACGAGGAAAUCUAAGAAACAUGAAGACAAGUUGACUAAGAAAAUGCUUCUUGAAUGGAAACCUAAACCUCUAGUGGAGGAAGAAAUAUUCGUCCCGCAGCCUCAAUUAAUGGGGAAAAUUGAUGAAGGAAUGCUUAAUGUUGGCUGCACAAGCUUCCUUGGCUUUGAUAAGGAGCCUCAGAUAAUGGAGAGAGCAAUUAAAUCCUUGCAUAAGUAUGGCGUAGGGUCGUGCGGACCCCGAGGGUUUUACGGCACAAUCGAUGUUCAUUUAGAGUUGGAGGAGAGGCUGGCAAAGUUCCUUCAAGUGGAGGAGACUUGUGUGUAUUCUUAUGGGUUCUCUACAAUCGCCAGUGCUAUUCCUGCAUAUGCUAAGAAGGGGGACAUUAUUUUUGCGGAUGAAAAAGUAUGGUUCGCAAUACAAAAAGGGAUCGACGCGUCACGUAGCACAGUUGUAUACUUCAAACAUAACAACAUGAAAGACUUAGAGCGUAAACUGGAAAUGGCAGCUUUCCAGAAGGAUCUCAAUCCCCAGAGGAGGGCAUUCCUGAUCGCUGAGGCUAUAUACUACAACACUGGUACAAUGUGCCCAUUGAGGAAACUGGUAGAGUUGGCCAGGAGAUACAAGUUGAGAAUUAUUUUGGAUGAAAGUUUGAGUAUUGGGACGCUCGGCGAACAUGGGCGCGGACUCACUGAAUUUCUCGGUGUUCCGCGCGACGAGAUCGACCUCAUCGUGGGCUCGCUGGAGCACUCCUUCGCCAGCAUCGGGGGCUUCUGCGCCGGCUCGCACUUCAUCGUGGAGCACCAGCGACUCUCCGGACUAGGUUACUGCUUCAGCGCAUCUCUGCCGCCCAUGUUGACGGAGGCCGCCAUUGCUGGGCUGGACAUCUUGGAGGCGAAGCCCCACCUCAUAGCAGAACUUAACCUCGUCGCCAACAAACUACAAUGCGCUUUCAGCGGCUUAAAUUAUUUCACUGUGAGCGGUGACGACUUAUCGCCAAUCAAACACCUGUACCCCAGAGACGUGGUUAUGCCUUACGAAACCAAAAUGGAGUUCCUCCACAACAUAGAGAAGUAUUGUCUACACAGGGGGAUCGCUGUAGCUGUCACUUCUUAUAUAAAAGACGCUGAGAAGAAUUGUCCAGAACCUUCUUUGAGGAUAGCUGCCAGCACCAAACUUAAUGAUGCUCACAUAGACGAGCUUUGUGACAUUUUAGAAAGAGCGUACUUGCACUGUAGGUCUUAAUUACAAAAAAAAAUUCUUGUCUAUGCUUUUUGUUGUGACCAUACAGAUUUAUUACUUGCAAAUUCAGUAGUUGUAAUUAUUGGUUUUUAUAUUGUUUGUAUUUAUGCACAAAAUGUCCAUGUUAAGUAUUAAAAAAAAAUGACAUUCCAUACAUGUAUGUCCUAUAGACAUCUUUAGCCAAAGAAUUGUAUUAAUACAGUGAAUUUUUUUGUUUGUGAAUACCUACCUAUACUAUAAGUAUUAAACUCAGUUAUUCCAAUAUUUGCACUAUAAUAUUGAGAUAUUACUCCGAUUUUUUUUUAAUUUGGCGGGCGAUUUCAGUCCCUACUUUCAUUAGCCAGACACUAUCAAGUAAAUUCCCACUUCCGGUGGACUGUCAAGGUGGCAACAUUGAAAAGAUUCAAGCUUUCCUGUUAAAGAAUAGUCAAUAGUACAUCUCGAAGUUUUUGCAGAGUACCUUUCUUGCAUCACUGUAACGAAACUAUUUUAAAGUGAAAUGACUUUUAAGUUUAUUCUUAUUUCUACAGGUUGUUAUCAUGGACGAUUAUAAAAUAGGUGCCAAAUCAAAGUGAAAAACAGGCCUAGAUACAGUUGUGAAAUUCACAGUAUAACAAUAAUUAAGAUAUUUUUAUUGUAAAUUGAACAUGGUAUAAAUAACGUUUUAUGUUAAUCUGAUUGAAAUACAAAGUAUUAGUAACCUCAAUAUAAAUAAAAUUACCAUUUUUAGGAUAUUGUCUGUCUGAAAGAGGUUAUUAAUUGUAAUUAAAUACAUUUUAAGGAAAUUUACUUAACCAUUCGUGUUUUCAUUCCGAUAACUUGCCGGUGUUAAUGUUGAGACAUUAUAUUCGUUUUCGUCUUGUCGUGUUAUAUAUAUAAAAAAAUCGGAAAUGAAAAUCGGAUAAUUUAUUUGAAUUAUUUAUUUAUGUCACAAUAAGUGGUCACAAAUAUCCUUCGUCCAGACGGUGUAUUUUAUAUAAUAUGCAAUUAUAUUUUCUAAUUUUAUUCAAUCAUUGAAUGUGCUCAUUCUAUUCUCUACAAAUAGUGAAAAAUCGUGCACUAAUGUACCUUCCCACCAGUUUGAACUAAUUACGUAGGAAAAUUCAUUUUGGUACCGAGUUACUUGUAACAUUAAUAAAACAUUUGUUAUUUUUUAAUUAUUCGCCUGAAACACGCAACGAUCGGUGACUAUAGUGCCUAUUUAGACGUAAAAAGUGAAGUAUAUAGCUCUCCAUUUCGUUCAAAAUGCGCCCACCUUGCUAAUUUAUGAGCUUUUAUUGAAAGCUAGUUACUAAGUUUAUUUAAAUUGUGCUUUUUAUAUUACUUUUAACACCAAAUAAAAUACAUAUAUCUAAAGUCUAUUAUUUGAGAGCUCUUAUCAUUCAACUUUUGAGAACUAAUUUAACCAUUACUUUUACUCACACUGCUAUGAGCUCUCAUGAAAUGGAUUCUAGGCUUAUGUUAUAUUUUUGUUACUAUAAUAUUUUUAUUAGUAAGAGAAUGAUUUUUUUUAUUUUAUUUCAAAACAAUAUAAUAGUUAAUUUAAUGUUUACUUAUAUUGUACUUGUCAUAAUGAAACUUAAAUAAAUUAUUAUUGAUUAUUUUAAAUACAAAUUAA